AUGGCGGCGGCUGCGGGUUGGGCCUUGCUGGGCCUAGCGCUAUGGCUGUGCGCGGCAGCUGGGGCUGGCGAGCCGGAGGGGAAGCGGCGAGCGGGGCCGGCCAAGAAGAAGGACAUUCGGGACUACAACGACGCGGACAUGGCUCGGCUGCUGGAGCAGUGGGAGAAGGAUGAUGACAUUGAAGAGGGUGAUCUUCCCGAACACAAGAGGCCUUCAGCACCAAUAGAUUUCUCAAAAAUUGAUCCAGGCAAGCCUGAAAGUAUCCUGAAGCUGACAAAAAAGGGGAAGACCUUGAUGAUGUUUGUCACAGUGUCAGGAAAUCCCACAGAAAAGGAGACUGAAGAGAUUACCAGCCUGUGGCAGGGCAGUCUCUUCAAUGCCAACUAUGAUGUGCAAAGGUUUAUUGUUGGCUCCAAUAGAGCCAUCUUUAUGCUGCGUGAUGGUGGCUAUGCCUGGGAGAUCAAAGACUUCUUGAUCAGUCAGGAAAGGUGUGCAGAUGUUACUCUGGAAGGUCAGGUUUAUCCUGGAAAAGGAGCAGAAGAAAGUGAGAAAGGCAAAAACAAAACCAAGCCUGAAAAAGCAAAGAAGAAAAAAGAUGCAGACAAGAAAUCCAAUAGCAUCCAAGAGGACAACAGGGACCAAACAGAGAGAGGAUCUAUGAUGGAGGCAUGACCCAGACUGAAUGCUGCUCUGCUGCUCCUGGAAGGGAAACUCAUUUUCCAUACAAUUCCUGGCUUUACUUGGAGGGAAGGAAGGAAGCAGAGAUUCCUGAGGUUAAAAGACUGGUGUGUUGAAAUUUACCAGGUUACUUAUUAACAUUGGCCAUUUGUUUAGUUACAGGAAAGGUAAUGUUUAAUAGCAGCA